GUAGAAAUAUACUAAGACAGAGUAAACACGCUUGAAUAAAUGUAAACUGUUACAAAGUCUAAAGCAUUAUGUCGUCAUCAGACAGAGACGAGCGAAAGAAAUGGAGACCGUGGUCUUUAAAUUCGGAUCAAGAUUAUUCCAAAACACCAUCUGUUCAAUUGAAAACAUAUAAUAAACUUGAUUCAGCUGAUGCACCGGUUUAUGAUGAUUCUUAUACGGACCCCUACCAAGAAAAUACAUACGUUAAUGAGAUUGCUGGUAGAGGCAUACUGAAAUCUGAAGGCAGCAUUGAUAGUGCAAACGACUCAGGGAUUGUUGAACUGGACGUGUCAAGGUUAAGCCAACUACCACGUCGCAAAGUCGAAUUUCCUCCAAUGGGAGACGGAGAUGAUGAAAACAACGCUGCUUUCCGUAAAGCAACUGAACGUAAGAAAAGUCAGUGGGAUGAAUACUUGGUGAACGUCGAUGUAAAGAGGUCGAUUGCUUCAGGGAUGUUCAAAGUAACUUUGCAUCAGCUUGCUAGAGAUGGUGAAACAGACACUUUAAAUAAAAUGUUACAAAGCAUUCCGGAGAUUCAAAGACGACGCCUGGUUAACGCAUCAACAGAUGACGAAGGAGCAACGGCACUUCAUCUUGCAGCGCGUCAUAAUCAUUAUAAUGUUUGCGAACUGCUCAUCAACUCUGGCUCAAACGUGGAUGCACGGGGCGAGGGUAGGGCGACACCUUUACAUUUCGCAGCUCGCUACAAACACAAGCAGAAGCGAAGUACAGAUGAUCCAUACGUUAACGAGCAAACAAAGGGAGUCAUCGCACUAUUAGCUGAACGAGGUGCUCACAUUAAUUUUGUUGACAUUGAAGGUCAGACUCCUUUACAUUCCGCAAGUAUCAAAGGCAACCUUCAUGCUGUUCGUCAACUGCUGAAAUGUCGUGGAUGCGGCAUCGAUAAUACCGACAGUCAGGGAAUGACAGCACUACAGAUGGCUGCUACACAUGGCCACGUGGAAAUUGUUCAGUUGUUAUUAGAACAAGGAGCAGAUUUCCAAAUGUACGAUAACGAUCUAAUGACAGCUCUUCACUUCGCUUGCUCCGAGGGAAGCAUAGAUAUUGUGAGGCAGAUAUUAAGAGAAGGGGAACGGGCUGGGAGCAUGGGUCUUGUUAAGAAAAUGAUGAUGCGGCCUGAUGCGGGAAAGAACACGUGUUUGCAUGUGACUGUUAACAAAGGACAUCGUGAUUUAACAUUAGAGUUAAUAGCGUGGUCGGGCAAACUAGACGAAGUUUUGCAAUUCGUUAACCUGCCAAGAGCUCACAACGUAACGCCGCUACAUAUAGCUGCAUCGCAAGGUCACAUGGAAAUAACGAAGCUGUUGAUUGAAAGUGGGGCUCGAGUAAAUGCGAGGAAUGACAGUUUGGCAACUCCACUCUUGCUUGCUGCACAACACAACAAUUUCGCAAUAGUGGAAUUACUCCUGCAAUACAACGCCGAGUUGGAGAUACGAGAUAAAGACAACCUCACUCCACUAUUGAUCGUUUGUAAACAAGGCCAUUUGGAAACUAUAUCAUGGUUGGUGGAAAACAAUGCAGAUGUUACCGCUACGGAUAAAAAUGAUAAGAAUUGUUUGAUGCUUGCUGUUGAAGAUAAGCGAACAUCUGCUGUGCAGGAACUUUUGAGAUAUGAAGCGGUUCGCAAACUUUUGGAAGAAACUGACAAAAAUGCAAACAGCGUGUUGCAUCUUGCAGCUAAAAAGGGGUUUCUUCCUAUUAUAAGGAUUCUACUUGAACAUGAUGCAAGAAUUGAUCCAAAAAAUGAAGAUGAGUCAACACCUGUGCAUAUCGCUGCAGCUCAUGGUCAACAUAUGGCAUUAAAGGAAUUACUUGAUCAUGAUAAAACCAUGAUCAACAGUUUGGAUGAAAAUGCAAAUACUGCCUUGCACCUCAGUGCAAUAGAAGGUCACACCACCUGCAUUGAGGUUCUGCUUGACCACGGCGCUAAUGUUGGAUUGCGCAACACAAAACAAUGGACGGCACUUGAUUGUGCUUGUAGCAAGGGCUUCGAAUUAACAGUUCAAAAACUUCUACAAGCUCAGUCUCCAUUAAACCCACUGAGAGGGGCAAGGACAACACCAUUACACCAAGCUUGUGUCAACGGGCAUGUUCAUGUCGUGAAGAUAUUAUUGGAUUGGAGAGCUGAUGUAAGUUAUAGAUUGGUGGAUGGAAGAAACCCAUUGGAUUGCGCAAUUGAUGCAGAUAAACGUGAAUGCGUGCAAGCAAUAAUUCAACACAGCAGCUGGAAGAAUGCCAUGAGAAACGGAUACACUGAUCCACUCACAGAUCUUAUCGUGACCCCAGUACGGAAACUGAUUGUUAAAAUGCCAGACAUGGCAGAGCUUGCAUUCAGUCGUUGCAUCACUGACAAUAAGAAACCACCAGAUGAUCUCAGUUUGGAGGUAAAACUUGAUUAUGAGUUUCUUGAUGAUAUGUAUACUGUAAUACAAUGGAAUGAUUCCCAUCAUAACGAUCAUGAUGAUGAUUCCGGGAAAAAACCUGUCAUCCCAGAAACUGGGUAUGAAGCUUUCAACGAUCACGGCAAACUCACAAAAAGUGCAAUCACUUACACAGAAGAUACAAGUGUCUUGAGGCACAACCAUCCACUGAGUAUCAUGGUGAAUCGAAAAAGAGAGCGCCUUCUACAGCAUCCGGUAGUAACAGCAUUGUUGCAAUACAAAUGGAAGAAGUAUGGUGGUUUAGUUUAUUACAGCAGCCUCAUAUUUCUCAUGCUGUUUGUUGGGCUUCUAAAUUGUUAUCUUAUAUUCAUUCCUCCCCCUUAUUCAAUUGAUUAUCUUAAAUCACUUGGCAAUCGCAGAUUUUAUGGUGAAUUUACAGCAGAUCAUAUCAACAACUACACAGCACCAGAGACCUGCUUCAGCCUGCUGCAAUCAGGCGCGGAGUAUAGAGGUUUUGAAAACAAAAGUGAAUCAGGAAAACCUUGCCUACCAUGGUCACGUACAAGCACCAACUCCCAUCUCUUCCCUGAUGCUGGUCUUGAUGGCAACUUCUGCAGAAAUCCAGGAACCCAACUGAAAAAACCUUGGUGUUACACCAACUACAGUGACACAGAUGCAGCUUUACGUACCAGAGAAGCAUGCAAUGUUACUUCAUGCCCAAUUUCUGUGAAAGGAUCUAACGUCCCAUUGGGAGCAACCUGUCAUUUUCCAUUCAAAUACAAAGGGGCUGAGUUUACAGAAUGUCUAAUUCAUUCUACUGGAGGAAUUUGGUGUGCUUACACAUAUGACUUUGAUACAGACGUAAAGUGGGGGUAUUGUUCAGAAGAGGAUUCUUUGUGCAAUGUUGCGAAAGAGCAUAAGAAGCCAUGUGGUUCGCCUGGAACAAACAAACUGAAUUGUGAAGCAAGAGGUUGUUGUUAUGUUGUAAAUGAUGCUGGCAAACCAACGGAGUGGACGGAAUGUUUUCAAAAACUUGACCCAUGUAGUGACAGAAGUAGUUACUGUCCAGUUUACAAGCAACAAGGUCUUUGUGAAAGAUCAAGAAGUCAGAUGGAAACCAGAUGUGCACUCACUUGUGAAUAUUGCAAUGUGACAGAAACUGUUAGAACACGGAAUAUCAGGAGUUUUUGUACAUCAUGUCUGUUUACCCGGAGCAAACAUUCGAUUCAGCGUGGGAGUCAACAUGUUACUACAUUCUUCCAGGGGCACAUGCAAAAUGGGGGGACGGCUGUCACUUCAUCAAAGUUUGGCAGGAGCCAGCAAGAAUUGCUUUGCUUGUUUAGAAAACUAGUAACAAUUUCAAACUAUUUACCAUUAUCUAAACAGGUGAUGCAAGUUUGGAACUAUCAGCUGGAAGCAUUUCAACCCGUCUUCUUCCUUGAACUCAUUUUGUUUGUGCUUUGUCUUCUCUUGUCUUUGAACUUCAAUGAAUUUGAUCUAACAUAUACAAGAGAAAUGUUGUCUGAACAAGAAAUAUAUAGACCGCUAGUGGAAGCAUUUCAAACAGAAACAGGUCUUCGACAGAAUUGGCAAUGGCAGUGUGGCGUGAUGGCAUUAUUUCUUUCAUGGAUGAAUCUUUUGUUGUACAUCAGAAAAAUUCCUUACCUUGGCAUAUAUGUUGUAAUGUUCAAUGAUGUAUUCAAAACAUUUGUUAAAUUUUCUCUUGUGUUUCUGUUGUUCAUAUUGUCAUUUGCCUUCACCUUCCACACAUUGCUGCAAAAUGAGCCACAAUUUGAGCAGUCAUUCAAUGCAAUCUUAAAAACAACGGUCAUGAUGGUCGGUGAAAUUGAUUUUGGUGGAAUCUUCUUUGGAGACCAAGUUUCUUUCUCAAAUCAAGUUUUCUAUAAAGAAGUGACUUAUCUUGUUUUCAGCAUCUUUAUUAUCGUGAUGAUGAUUAUAGUCAUGAACUUAUUGGUUGGUUUGGCUGUUGGUGACAUCAUAGAAGUGAAAGAACACGCAACGUUGGAAAGACUUAAAAUGCAGGUUGAACUUGCACUGGAAGUUGAAUUCAGUGUUCCAAACUUCUUACGUAAGAAGUUUGUAAGAAAAGAAGAAACUGUUCAUCCAAAUAAAUACAGAAAGAGCAACGCACUAAAAAGAGCUUUGCUGCAGAAUCAAGAUCUUUCAUCUAAGAACAUUGCAAAUGCUAUGAACCCUAACAAGUCACAAACUGAAGAAAUUCGCGAAAAUGUAGAAAACUUGAACCACAUCAUCAGAUCUGUUCGUAAUAAAACUGGUGAAGUGGAAACUUUGGUUCGCGAGUUAAUCGCAGAAUUUCGCGAGACAAAUGGAAAUGAAUCAACAAACAUAGAAGACAAGCUCAGCAAACAAAAAGUAAAGAUGUCGAAAAAAAAGAAAAAAAACAAGUCUGCCAAGGUUGAACAAGAAGACAUACCAGUGGUGCAGGUUUUAACAAAACAAGGAUUUGACGACGAUGAUCAAAUGUACGAAACUGUUUUGAACGAUGUUUAAACAUUCAACGCUUUGUAAAAAAAGACUCUUGGCAUUUGUAAAAUACAUCAAUAAACACAAAGCAAUCAAUAACAAGAAUUCAAUAUUUUAAUUGCGUCAUAUUACAACCAUUGUAAAUAUCUUUGCUUCAAUGUGAAGAAGGAAACAAAACAAUGUAAAUUAUUAUUUGUGUACAUUUCAGCCUGUUGAUGUAGAAUUAAUAGAAUUUAACAAAUAAAAACCACAAUUGU